CUUGGUUACUGAGCUGGGUACAGCCCUGUUAUGAGAAAUGUCCCGAUUAAAUGGAUAGACUGGUUGAUUAUCUGAUACAUAUUUAUAGACUGGUAGACUGUAGGUGUUGUAUGUAUGCGGGGAGGAUAUAAAACUACAAAAAUAAGACGAUGUGGACGGCGGUACGAAUUGUGAUCCUGACAAUUGCCCAAUCACAGGUGACUGAUGGAGUCAUUCUUCCCGACUCAGGAUGCGGGGCAACUAAAGGAUGUUACCCGGAGUCAUGUCCCGUCAACGGAUGCUCGGAUUUCUUCGUCAGCUGGGAGGACGCUGGGGAUUACCUCCGCUUUGUGAUGACAUUUGAGAUAUCUGCUGGUGACAACACAUGGGUUGCUUUAGCCUUCUCAAAGGAUGUAUCUAUGCCAGAUUCCAGUGUUGUGAUGUGCAGACUGGAAGGUGGUGCCACAUCGAUAGAGAUGGGACAUACAAAUGCGAUGGGCUUCAGUUACGCAUCCUUAUCGAGUAAUUAUGGUCUACAGAACACGGCUGUUAGUCGCAAUGGAACUCUGGUUGUCUGCUCAUUCGACAGGAUAAAAAACGCAACCCAAACUGAGGCUCAAAUAUUUGACCUUGACCAACCUUUGCAUCUCAUGCAUGGACAAGGUGAUAUCGCUAGUGGCAAUCCGCAAUACCACAGUAGCCGAUUUGUAACUUCAAACACGUUUGACUUACUCAAUGUAACACAGCCUUCUGAAGGGACUACCAAUUCACCCACAACUGUACAGCCGGGAGGGUCCGUUACAUUAGAUCCUGCUUGUGGGGUGACUAAGGGCUGCUUCUCAGACUGCCAGGGCCCCAGUUGUUCUGUUCUGGUCACAUGGAUGAAUGUUGACGACCAGAAUAUCGAUUUCGAGAUAUCGGCCGAUGUCCCUGCAGGAUCGGACAGCUGGGUUGCCAUUGGAUUUUCAGACGACAAAUCCAUGGGAUCAGACAGCGUCGUCGCCUGCGUCACUUCCGGUGUUGUAUCGGUCCAAACAGGAUACAACACGGGGACAAGUUAUGGAUCACUCACUCCAGAUAACCUUGGACUAACCUCCGCGUCCGGAAGUGUGGUGAACUCCGUUCUAAACUGCAAGUUUACACGAAAGACUAAUAUAACUGGAGAGCCCUCUUUCUUCGACAUCCGAGAAAACUGGCAUCUCUUCUUCGCUCGCGGACCAGUAGUGCCUGGUAAUUUACGAAAGCACACACAGACACCGAUUGUGAGCGAGGGGACCGUUGAUUUCCUAUCUACUGAUCUACAGAAUGCAGCAAAGCUCUCAUAUAUCCUUGUCAAGGUUCACGGUUCUCUUAUGGUGGUGGCAUGGGUUUUGUUUUCAAGUAUCGGCAUCUUCGUCGCUCGAUACCUCAAGCCGAUGUGGCCAAAUUCUACAAUUCUAGGACAGAAAGUCUGGUUCCAGAUUCACAGAACUUGCAUGGUGACUGUAUUUGUUCUCACCGCUGCAUCAUUUGUUAUAAUAUUUAUUGAAGUGGGUGGAUUUUCCGACGACGUGGGAAUUUCUGAUGACAGCCACAAAUUUGCCACAUAUCACCCUUUUUUUGGUAUAGUUGUCAUGGCACUAACAGUUAUAAAUCCAUUUAUAACUCUGUUCAGAUGUGCACCGGGCCACAAGCGGCGACCUAUCUUUAAUUUUUAUCAUUGGUUUUUUGGAACUAGCGCACAUGUAAUAGCAGCCGUGACUAUUGUGUUUGCUAUGUACUUGGACAAGUCUAAUGUGCCACCAAGUGCUAAAUAUAUAGCAAUAUCUUACCCAUGUGUGUUUGUCUUCCUUGAUUUGGUCCUGGAAAUAUAUCUACUCAUCAAGAAGAAAAAGUCAGGUCAAACAUUUGACUUGGAGCUCAAACGUCAGGGAGAUGACACGUUACCCGACACAUCUCCAUCAACCGACAAUCAGGAGAGAGGACCGUUUGCGAAAGUCAUGCUAGGAAUACAAAUAGUGUCGAUGGCAGCCUUUGCUGUUAUUCUGAUUGUUCUUUUAGCCCGAGAAGAGGACGAUUGACGGAUUCAGAAAAUACUGAACUACACACCUUAAUAGAGAAGAACUAAAGUAAUUAGAUAGUUAACAAA